CUAUCGGGACCUGUCAGGGUCACGUGACGUGGUAUUAGCUCGCUGACUCUGCUAUGUUUUUCGUUUGUUUCACUGUUUCAGAUAUGCGACGUUUCAUGCUUUUAUCGGUGUAUUGUCGUCGAGGGACGCCCCGCGGCCGCUUUAACACCCGUUUUCAACGACCUCCGACGAGCACUUUUGCCCUGAAAACAGCAGCCGUUGGCCUGCACGUCACGUGACCAGCAUGCGACGGAGCGUUUGAUAAAAAGAUGGCGUGAGCUCGAGCAGAGAGGACAAACAAGCACCCGAGCUGCAGAGAGCUGCCGACCGUGAGCCGCAGCUCCCGUAUUAAAGUAACAUGGAUCCUGGACAGGAUUUGCUCCUCGCUGCUUUAAGUGAGAGUGGAAUUUGCCCAAAUGAUCUCGGGCUCUUAGAUGUGGAUUCUCAGGAUGUUAUGCAGCCUUCUACAGCCCAGCAGUCCAUUUCCAUCAAUGCUCUGGAUGUUGGUGUCGGAGCAGAAUCGGUGGAAGUUGUUCGAUCUGAGCCUCAAACUGCAGUCCCAGUUGUUACAAUCAGACAGCAUAAACCUCAGCCAUCAACAACCACAUUUGUCUUAAAUCAACUGAAUCAGUUGCCGUCACUAGGGGCCACUGCUACCAAGCAGUCAGUCACCAACCCAAUCAAACAUACCAUAACAGUCACCAAGGUGGUCCAUGUUGCCAGUUCAGGACUGCGUGCUUCAGUAACCCCCCCACCCACAACUGUUCCUCCUUCAGUGUCCACACUAGUGCCUUCCAACAAAGAUCAGAUUCAGCUGAAAGACCUCCUUCGGCCCAACAAUGUGAAAACCACCAUUUUAAAGGGCAACAGUCUUAUGGAGCUGAUGAAACUUAAACCUCCACCUGACAUUGCUCCACCUGUGGCAACGGCUACAGCAACAGGCGCAGGUGAAAUAAACAAUGGAAUCAAGAAAGAAGUGUUAGGCAAAGAUGCUGCCAGGAUCUGGAUCAAAGACGACAUUAAAAUGCAAAACUUUUCAAAUACGCUGAAAGCUGCAGGCCUAAAAGAAGAGGAUGAACAUGAGGAGGAAGAAGAAGAAGAGCUGGGUCACGCAGAGACGUAUGCAGAGUACAUGCCUAUGAAAUUAAAGAUCGGGCUGAGGCAUCCGGAUCCUGUGGUGGAGACCAGCUCUCUGUCCAGCGUCAGCCCUCCAGAUGUUUGGUACAGACUGUCCAUCCCAGAGGAAGUCAUUGAUCGGGGCUGCUUGUCGGCACUGCAGUUAGAGGCGAUCACAUAUGCUGCUCAGCAACAUGAAACAUUCCUACCCAACGGCGACCGAGCUGCCUAUUUGAUUGGAGACGGAGCCGGUGUGGGGAAAGGCCGGACUAUCGCAGGGAUCAUUUAUGAGAACUACCUUCUGGGCAGAAAGAGAUCACUUUGGUUUAGUGUCUCUAAUGAUUUAAAAUAUGAUGCUGAGAGGGAUUUGAGGGACAUUGGCGCCAAGAAUAUCCAGGUCCAUUCACUAAACAAGUUUAAAUACGGCAAAAUCUCCUCCAAACACAAUGGGAGUGUGAAGAAAGGGGUGAUCUUCGCCACCUACUCGUCCUUGAUAGGAGAGAGCCAGUCAGGAGGGAAGUACAAGACCAGAUUCCAACAGCUUCUCCACUGGUGUGGGGAAGACUUUGAUGGAGUCAUUGUGUUUGAUGAAUGUCACAAAGCUAAAAACGUUUGUCCCAUCGGCUCCUCCAAGCCGACUAAGACCGGCCUCGCCGUUUUGGAGCUGCAGAACAAACUUCCCAAAGCUCGGGUUGUGUAUGCCAGCGCUACCGGAGCCUCUGAGCCACGAAACAUGGCAUACAUGAACCGGCUGGGAAUAUGGGGUCAUAAAACGCCGUUUAGAGAGUUUGGCAACUUUAUCCAAGCAGUUGAACGCAGAGGUGUUGGUGCCAUGGAAAUAGUUGCUAUGGACAUGAAACUCAGAGGGAUGUACAUCGCUAGACAGUUGAGUUUUACAGGCGUGACUUUCAAGAUUGAAGAAGUCCCUCUAACUCAGCAGUACGUCAACAUGUACAACAAGUCUGUGAGGCUGUGGGUUAGCGCACGUGAGAAGUUCCAACAGGCCGCCAAUCUGAUGGAAGCAGAGCAGCGCAUGAAGAAGUCCAUGUGGGGUCAGUUCUGGUCCGCCCAUCAGAGGUUCUUCAAAUAUCUCUGCAUUGCCUCCAAAGUCCGCCGGGUGGUCCAGUUAGCCAGAGAGGAAGUUCAGAACGGAAAGUGUGUGGUGAUUGGUCUGCAGUCCACUGGUGAGGCGAGAACACUGGAAGCCUUGGAGGAAGGAGGAGGAGAGCUCAACGACUUUGUGUCAACAGCAAAAGGUGUGCUGCAGUCCCUGAUAGAGAAGCACUUCCCAGCUCCAGACAGACAGAAGCUUUACAGCCUGCUAGGCAUCGACCUCUCUGCAAAAAAAACUCCCUCUCCUGCUGAGAAUGCAGCACAGCUGGAACAAAAGGGAAAGAAGAGGAAAGGUUCAGAGGCUAAAAAACAGCCUAAAAAGAAGCCUCGCAAGCAUGGGGGCCUGUCCGGUACGAGUUCAGAGGAGAGCGAGUCCGAGGAAUCGGACCGAGAGUCUGGGAAAGACAGCGACGACAGCUUCAAGUCUGUCAGCUCAGGAGACGAAGACGAUGAUUUCAAUCCAUUCAGAGACGAGUCUGACGAAGAUGAGGAGGACGAUCCUUGGCUAAUCAGAAAAGAGCCAAAGAAAGGGAAGAAGGAGAAGAAGAAGAAAAGGAGGAAGAGUAUUGAUCCGGAUUCGAUUCAAAGUGCCUUGUUAGCCUCGGGGCUGGGCUCCACCAGGCCCGGUUUCACCGCCUCAGUGAACCCCCCCCUCACUCCUGCUACCGUCAAGACAGAGAGCCAGGAAAGCUGCCUAACGAGUCAGGACUCGGUGGAACUUGCCCAGAAAAUGAAGAAACAGCUGCUAGAACAACUGGAGGGAUUGGCAGAAGAUCUGCCUCCCAACACUCUGGAUGAGCUGAUCGACGAGCUGGGAGGGCCGGAAAACGUGGCGGAGAUGACCGGUCGUAAAGGUCGCGUGGUCAGUAACGACGACGGCAGUAUCACCUACGAGUCCCGCUCUGAACUGGACGUCCCCGUAGAAAUCCUCAACCUGACUGAGAAACAGAGGUUCAUGGAUGGAGAAAAGAACAUAGCCAUCAUCUCGGAAGCGGCCAGCUCCGGUAUUUCCCUGCAAGCCGAUCGGCGUGUGAAGAACCAGAGGAGGAGAGUCCACAUGACCCUGGAGCUGCCGUGGAGCGCAGACAGAGCCAUACAGCAGUUUGGGCGAACACACAGAUCAAACCAGGUCACGGCUCCAGAGUAUGUCUUUCUCAUAUCAGAACUGGCAGGAGAGCAAAGAUUUGCAUCCAUUGUUGCCAAAAGACUGGAAAGCCUGGGGGCUCUCACUCACGGAGACCGACGGGCGACAGAAACUAGAGAUCUGAGCAGGUUCAACUUUGACAACAAGUACGGCAGAAACGCUCUGGAAAUCGUGAUGAAGUCGAUAGUAAAGCUCGACGCUCCGCUGGUGCCGCCGCCCUCAGACUUCAAAGGGGAUUUCUUCAGAGAGAUUCAGAGUGGGUUGAUAGGUGUGGGCCUCAUAAAUGUGGAGGACAGAUCUGGAGUGCUUACACUGGAUAAAGACUACAACAACAUAGGGAAAUUCCUGAACCGGAUAUUGGGCAUGGAGGUCCAGCAGCAAAAUGCCUUGUUCCAGUAUUUCUCUGACACUCUGGCAGCAGUGAUCCAGGAAGCCAAGAAGAAUGGCAGAUAUGACAUGGGCAUUCUGGAUCUCGGCUCGGGUGACGAGAAGGUGAAGAAGGCGGACUGUCGAAAGUUUCUGACGCCAGGCUACACUACAUCAGGACACGUAGAACUCUACACCGUCGGCGUGGAAAGAGGAAUGUCUUGGGAAGAAGCGACACACGCCUGGGCAGAGCAGAACGGCCCAGACGAUGGCUUCUAUGUCCAGAUGAGAAAUAACAGGAAAACAGCCAUCCUGGUGAAGGAAGUGAACACUAAGAAGAGGCUGUUCCUGGUCUACAGGCCAAACACUGGCAGACAAGUCAAACUGGAAACAUACGCCGACAUCAAAAAGAAGUUUAAGAAGGUUCUGUCAGAAGAUGCCAAGCAGCACUGGACUGACCAGUACCAGUCAUCAGCAAAAAUAUGCUCUCAUGCGUACUGGCGUGGCAACUGCAAGAAAGCCUCAGUUGGUCUGCUGUGUGAAAUCGGGCUGCGCUGCAGGACGUACUACGUUCUGUGUGGCUCUGUGCUCAGCGUGUGGAACGAACUGGAAGAAGUUCUUUCUCCAGUCAGCGGAAGCAACGUGAAGGUGCAGAUUGUCCGCCUGCGCACUGAAGACGGUCAGAGGAUAGUUGGGUUGAUCAUUCCAGCGAACUGCGUCUCUCCGUUGAUCAACAAGCUCUCGACCUCAGACCAGAGCCAGCAGCUGGCUGUGCAGGAGCAGCAGAAGAGGCAGCUGCUCCACCCUCAAAGUCUUACUCAUGUGCUCAACACAUAAUGAGGUGGUUUGAGCCCAGACUCCGCCCUGACUCUACGGUCCACUCAGGAGGCCUCCGGCUCCAGCCGUGUCUCGGUGCGCUGCAUGCUUCAGGGCUGCGCCUCUCACUGCUCCACCAUUGUCCCCUGAGGGCCCGAAGGCUGGCUGUGCCGACUGUUGGGACGUAAAACGGCAGUCAGUCGUUCUCCCAACCUGUUGACGCUGUUGUGUUGUACUCUGAUAUUCAGAGUGAGGUUAGUGAUCCGGUCCAGACACGCCGUGAAAACUCCAGUCUGUUCUGUUCAAAUUGGGCACUCAGCAAAAAACACCCAAACUUCCCGGGUCCAGGCUAAAGAUGAAUGAAACCAAACCACUAUACCUCUGAAAGUGAGAGGAUUCGUUUCUACGGCCGACUGAUAUUCAACCAUCGUCUGGAUAGUUAACAAAAACCCCUUAAAGAAGCAGAGGGAUAUUAUUUCUGACCAUUAUCUGCCAUUUGAUUCAGGUCACCUCAUUGGGACGAAUUUCUUUCCUGCUAUAAUCCUCACAAUCACAAAGAGACCAAAACUACAUUAUGGUGAGGGUCAGCUUGCAUUUCACAUAGACCAAUUUGUUUUUCUGUUUUCUGCAAACGGGUCUCAACUACUUCAGCAAGCUCUGUAGAUUUGUUUUUAUUUUGGAAUUCAUAACUUUUUCCUAGAAAAAACACAUUUAGUAAAACAAAGUCAGCUGUCGAACACAUCCAUACUGCGUUAGGAAGGACAGCGUUAGUAUUUACAUGAACCUCGUGUUAGUUCUUUUUCCUCCUUUAGCAAAGGAAGAAAAUCAUAAAGUCGUUACUGAAACAGGAAGUUCAGUGAGUUUUUAGUUGAAUUCAGUGUCUGAGUUUCAUUCUUCAUUUUUUGUAAGCAGUAUGAAGAAGUGAAAUAAAUGGUUUGAGAUCUAUAUAUAUCAUUUAGUGUUAAGUGGUAUACAUGUAACUUUUUUAAAGGCAUUUCUUCCCCUGCAUUUUUCUUUUUAAAUAUUGCCAUUCAUUUAUUAAAAGAUAAUAGUAAUAUCUGGGGUCCAGAAUGCAGUUUCUAUUCUUUGACAAAUAAGUUACUCAACGUCUAUCACUACAUUACUGCUAAUCAGUUAUUAAAUGUCAUUUAUUUUGCUUUAUUUGCUGUUCCAAAUAUUUUGCUACGCUGUGUGAAGCAAAGGUGAGGAAAUAAGUAAAUAUAGUCAGCCAAGGGAUUCUUAAAAAUAUGAAGAGACCCAGUCAUUAAACAUUGUUUUGCUUUUUACAAAUAAACAGCUCAGGGGUUUAUCUGUUUCAAAAAUAGUGUAUGUGAAAUGCCUGACCAGAUUUUUUUAUUUACCAUUUUUCAGUGAUCUUUAACUGGAUUUUGUGACGCCGUAUUAGGACUGUUAUAGAUGAAAAUAAAUAAAUUUCCA